AUGUCCGUGAUUCAAUCCAUGCAGCCCUUCACGAUGGCCACGAUCAAGGAUGAAGACGCUGCUACUAGCGACAGUAGUAGCAACCCAGAGAGCAUCAGCACCGUCAGCGUCGUCGACCUCGCACCGACAACCAGCCACGCCCUGGCAGAGAAGGGUAUCCGGCAUUCACCACCCCAGGGAAAGGGGGCCAGCCAGUUCGACCACGACGGCGUUAACAUUGAGGAUCUAGGAUGGAACGGCGAGCAUAUACCGCAGCCCGUCGUCGGCGGCCUUGAACACGAUAAUCUCUUUAUUCUAACGCGCCGCUUCUGCAAGCAAAUGUUUCACGUCAGGAGUAAUGCACGACGGGACGUCGACGCUGCUGCCUCCCGAUACCUUCUCACCGUUCACAAUCCCCGCCGUUUCUCUUACACGGUCUUGCUCAUUGAGCGUUCAUCAGGGUACCGUCAGACCGACAAGGCAGUAGAGGUUGAGUAUCCGGCAAAACCCUGUCCAGGCUGCUGCGAGCUCUACAGCUGCCCUCAGGUCGUCAGCUAG